AUGCUGGUAUCCAUGCGGGCUUCGAAUGAGCCGAGUCCAGUCCGACUAAGCAAGUCUGGGUUACAGUUACCAUACCAAUGGACACCACGGCAACUGUUGCCAUGGCAACGACCACCAUGCCUGCCUCUUGACAUUGCACCAGUUGCUAUAGUAAUAGCAGCCCAGUCAUUCAGUCGUCUUUCUAAACCUGACAUAACACAAUUAGCAUCAAUUAUACGAUCACCGUGUCAAAAUGUUUUCAUAUAUUUCACAAUGAUGUUUCGUGGUAUAUGUCAAAGAUUUGCAAGUGUUCUGUUUGGUAUAUCGCAAACAAGAAUAUCACAAAUAUUUCAUGAAGUCAUUGAUCAGAUGGUCCAGCAUUUUGUUCCAUUGCAUAUCGGACCGACCGCAUUUACGAGCGAUGAUAUUAUGCAGAACCACACACCGAAAUGGGCAACACUCUUAUUACCACAAGCUAUUGGAAUGAUUGAUUCUACGUAUAUUUACGUUCAGAAGUCGUGA